AUGAACCUCGGCACGGUCGCUUACAUUGACUGUUUAAUAUUUUGUCUCUUCCUGGCGCCAACUCUAGUUUGGAAGGCUGGGCUCUUCGAGACGGUGUGGUGUGCGUUGCAGGCGCUACCUUUUUUGUUGCUGAAAUUGCCUAUUGUGAUCAUAUGGGACAGGGUUUUGUCCCCCUUUCAACGUCCAUUCUCGCAACGAGUGACACUGUUCGAGGAUGUCGUGGUCCGCUGCAUGCGAUAUGCGUUUGCGAACGUCCCGCCGAGGAUCGGUCGGGUCUUCUUUGCGCGGGAAGUGGCACUCCCGUACUUAUGGUUCAGGCUGCUAAGGAAAGGGCACUUUGGGUCGCCAAUCUACUGGCGGGAGCAUGGUGAUACGGGGUUCCGAGGGAUUUGGGUGCGUAAGGAUCCUGUGAAGAAGCCUGAUUUAGUGCUCUACUAUCUGCAUGGUGGCGGUUUUUCAAUGGGUUCUGCCCAUUUCUACCUCGAGUAUCUCCUCACCUGGCUAGGGCUACUCAGCUUAGCAGGGUACCAGAACCCGGCCAUCUUCGCACUCGAAUAUACCCUCGUUCCCGAUGCGCCGUUCCCCACGCAGGUCAAGGAGACAUGGAAAGGCUACGAGCAUGUCCUGGACGUCACACAUAACGACCCUUCCAUCGUCUGCGUCAGCGGCGACUCGGCGGGCGCGACGCUCGUACUGUGUCUACUUCUUUGCUUGAUGAACAAGCGAUUAGCAGUCCCAACCAUCUACGGUCGCGAGGAAUUCGAUCGGUGGCUACCCCCUACGCCUGCGCUCGCCGUCCUAAUCUCGCCAUGGACCACGCUCGUGUCAACACGACAUAGGAAUACUGUCAGCGAUUAUCUAGAUGCGCAGAAGCUGUGCCAGUAUGGGGUGCAGUUCGCCGGGAGCUACGCUUCGGCGGCCAAUCCGUUGGCAUCACCGGGCUGCUGCCGGGACGCCUCGUGGUGGAAGCGGGCGAGUCCGAAACGGGGGUUCGUGGUCACGUAUGGCACGGAGGAGGUGCUGGCGCCGGCCAUCGAAGACUUUGUCGAUACUCUUCGGGAGGCCGAAAUUGCUGUUGAGAGCAGGGCGGAGCCUGGGGGUAUUCACGCUUGGCCUGUCGCCUCCUUAUUUCUCUCUAGUAGCCAUGAGGGUCGGUUGGAUGAGUUAAAAGCUCUAACAUACAAGAUUAGACAGCGUAUUCCAGGGCCGUAA